AUGUCAGAGGGCUGGGGUACUAUCAAUUGGUUAGAUGGAUUUGAAAUGGACAUCUCUGGAAAAGAGAUCUGGGACGCGGCUGCCGACCGGGCAUUAACAGUCGAGCUGCUAAAUGCGAAAACUUUGUUUCGCCCCCGUUUCUUUUGGAUGCAGACUUGGGGCUAUUUUCAAUUUGAGCAGCGAGCGAGCGGCGGACGCGAGACAAACGCAAUUCCAGCUCACUUCGCCAGCGCGAUCGCGUUUGCGAAGCGAAAGACAAGUCAGGAUGAUGGAGCGCCCCACCUGCUGGCUGCGAGCGCCUUGGCGGAUCUGAGCUGCGGUGCCCGGGAAAGCACCCGGGAGGACCCGGGAGAAGCUCCGUGUGCCUCAACUAGCUGCAGCGAGCCGACCUGGAGCUCCAGCCCCACGGGGGGCCCCGAGGCGGUCCAGGCCUUUUUGGAGGAGGAGCUCUACGGCGCUGAGAGCUCCUGUGGCGAGCCUGCCAUCCAGGGUGCUCCUGAGGUCCCAGGGGACCCCGAAAACAGCGAAAACAGCGGAGAAGUGCCCGAGGGGCCCCCAGGGGCCCAACCCACGCCAGCAACGGGCCCUACGUUCCGGAGGAGGCCGAUUACACCCGCAUCCAAGCGACAUCAGUGCGCCUUCCCGGGCUGCAACAAAGCCUAUUACAAGUCUUCGCACCUCAAGUCACACCAGCGCACCCACACGGGGGAGCGCCCGUUCUCCUGUGAUUGGCUCGACUGCGACAAGAAGUUUACGCGCUCUGACGAGCUGGCCCGCCACUACAGAACCCACACCGGUGAAAAGCGCUUCUCCUGUCCGCUGUGCCCCAAGCAGUUCUCCCGGAGCGACCACUUGACCAAGCACGCCCGUCGCCAUCCAACUUACCAUCCCGACAUGAUUGAGUACCGGGGUCGUCGUCGCACUCCCCGCCCUGAGCCACCACCCCCAGCAGUGGUGGAAAGCUCUGGUUCCGAAUCCAGCUCCUGCUCUGGCCAGGAGACCAGCUUCACUGCUUGCCUGUAGGACUGUCCUUGCUGUCUGUCUUUCCCUCGAGCACAACCCCCCCCCCCCAGGCCAUUGUCCUUGCCUUCUCUCUGUCCGUUCCUAUUUUCCAGGGUCGUUAGACCAAGGCACAGACUGGUUGCUCCGCUCUGAGGAUGGGUUCUAGACAAGCUUGUCGGACUCUGGAGAGGGACUGGGAGCCAGAAGAAGUCUUGCAACGCAAUUGCCACCUGAAAGGAGCGGUUGCUUCAAAACAGCUUGCAAGAAACCAGCAUACUGAGGAUUCUUCCGGCCAUGUAUGUCACCAGAGAUGUAAAACUGAAUUCUCGGACGCUUGAGGAUCUCCCAGUCCCAAGGACUCUGGUGUCUCACCCAUUGACCAGGGCGGACCUUGGAGAGGGUGUCCAGGGUGGUAGUCUUGGCAAUGUCCAGACUUGGAUGAUGAGAGGCCUUUGGAAACAGAAAGUAUUUCUAUUUCUGUAAACAGCAAUGUUUACUAAUUUAUUGUAUUGUCUUUUAACAAGAAUUCCAGGUUUGUGGGAGGCUGAUGUCUCUCACUCUCCCACUUGCCCCAGCUGCCUCUGCUUUGUGGAUAUAUGGCUGGGAUAUGCUUUUUGGUGCCUGGGAAGUGCUUUGAGUCUGCUUGCAGUUCCUAUAGUGUAAUGUGGAACCCUGCGCUUGCAUUGUAACCCCUUUCCUUUUUAAAAGUUCCUUCUUAGGGGUGGUAACUUUCUGGCCCAGGAUUAUGAGGAGAUUGGUUAAGCAAUUAGAAAACAACCAUAAUAGCACCAGAGAGAAACAGCUGGUCUGAAAAAUUUCUCCUUCACCUAGAAGGCAAGCCCGAGUAACUUUUGGGUGGAACAGGUGCAAAACAAGACUUUUUACAACCAUUGAUAGCUGUUCAGAGAAAUAGAGAUGAAUGUUCCUGAUGCCCCGCCCUAAGUAAUCUCAGACGUAGCAGAGACUACCCACCUCUCAGUGGCUAAGUAGGGCUUAAUUUCCGUGGAGGUCUGCACAUUGUUUUUGUUACAGGUGAACUGGUGGGGGGGGGUGAGAGAUUGGUUUAUUUUAGAGAGCUGCUGUCUUGGAUUUGGGGAAGGAGCAGCUAGAUAAUAGCUACUAUUAAAUAGGAGCAUCUUUCUCUAAGAACAGUCUUAAGUUACAACCUCAGGGCCCCUCUGCCCCUUGAAGGACUCUGACAUCAGAAGGAUUUUUCUGUGGUGUGUCCCAGCUACUGUGGAUUGAAAUCUGUGUGCGUGUGUGUAUGUGCUGUGCUGCUUCCAUUAAAUAUGAGGCCAAAAGGCCUUUCCUAACCUGAUGAGGUUCCCUCCCGAUGAUCCCCUCCUGGAUAUCUUAUGCCUGUGCAUCAAUCAACUUGUAAAGGAUGUUGUAAUCUCAUGGAAUCAUAAGAAGCUCCUGAUUAAGCAGCUUGCUUUCCCCUGUUUUAUAGGUUAAAAUGCUGAAGCUUAAAUCAUCUUAAAAGUUGUAUGCUAAGUUUCUGGCAAGACCUGUGAG